CUUUGCACAUCUAGUGUACCCAUAGACAUAGAAUGGCUGCAUUCACGUGUGUGGCGUCUCUGCGCAUCCUUUGUAAAUACUCACGUGUUGUCACAACUUCCCUUAGUCUGUAAGCAGCUGCUGGCAUUGUGUCCCUGCUGACCACAAGAUCUCCCUUCCUGUGACUUCAUGUUUGUUUCCUUGGAUAUUCUCCUCCCUGAGAGUCUUCUUUCAUGUACUUUUGCUUACAACCUGUGCUUUGGAGUACUGGAUCUGGUGUUGACUUUUAGACAAAUCAUCUUGGCCUGACAUGAGCUCCCAGACUCAUCCAGAUGGAAUUUCUGGUCGGGACCAACCAGUGGAACUUCUAGCGCAGACCCGUGCCAAACACAUGCCAAGCACUGUUGAUGUGAGUGCUGCUCUGCCACUUCAAGUGGCUUCCAGCACUCUACCCAUGGACCUAAGGCUUGAUCCCCAGUAUCCAAUUCCAGGAUCAGAAACCAGUGCAAGAGAGCAGCAGCUGCAGCAGGAACUCAUGGCUUUGAAGCAGAAGCAGCAGAUUCAAAGGCAACUUCUUAUAGCAGAGUUCCAGAGGCAACAUGAGCAGCUAUCUCGACAGCAUGAAGCCCAGCUUCAUGAACAUGUGAAGCAACAGCAGGAGCUCCUGGCUAUGAAACAUCAGCAGGAGCUGCUGGAACAUCAGAGGAAACUGGAGCAGCACCGCCAGGAGCAGGAGAUGGAGAAACAGCAGCGAGAGCAGAAGUUGCUUCAGCUAAAGAACAAGGAAAAAGGAAAAGAGAGUGCAGUGGCGAGUACCGAAGUUAAAAUGAAGUUGCAAGAAUUUGUGCUAAAUAAGAAGAAGGCCAUGGCUCACCGUAGCCUGAAUCACUGCAUGUCCAGUGACCCUCGUUUCUGGAAGACUCAACACAGCUCGCUGGACCAAAGCCCACCACCUCCGGGAGGUGUAUCUGCUUCAUACCACCAUCCAGUCUUAGGAAUGUAUGACUCAAAGGAUGACUUCCCCCUGAGAAAAACAGCAUCGGAGCCCAACCUUAAACUAAGAUCCAGACUGAAGCAGAAAGUGGCAGAACGGCGGAGCAGUCCUCUUCUGCGUAGAAAAGAUGGUCCUGGUGUUGGUAGCCUGAAAAAGCGGCCUCUAGAUGUGUCUGAUUCUGCUUGUAACAGUGCCCCUGGAUCUGGUCCAAGUUCUCCCAACAACAGCUCUAGCAACAUCAAUAAUGAGAAUGGUAUUACUGGACCUCUGGGCAUCCAGGCAGAGGGCUCCUUGGCACACAGACUCGUAAGUCGAGAUGGUUCGGUGGCUCAGCUCCCUCUUUAUACUUCUCCUUCUUUACCUAACAUCACUUUAGGACUGCCUGCCACCAGCUCUUCCAAUGGUGGAUCUGCACAAGAUACAGAACGCCUCUCUCUGCCUACACUUCAGCAGCGCCUUUCUCUGUUUCCUACUGCUCAUCUUACUUCUUACCUUGGCUCUGAAGCUGCAAGUUCCCAUAACCCUCUCCUUAAACACAUGGUCCUGCUAGAACAACCCAAUGCACAGAGCCCUCUUGUGUCAGGUUUAGGGGCUCUGCCACUUCAUACUCAGCCGCUGGUGUCACCUGAUCGCGUCUCUCCAACCAUGCACAAAUUGCGUCAGCAUCGCCCACUGGGCCGUACUCAGUCAGCCCCUCUACCCCAGAACUCACACGCUUUGCAGCAUCUGGUCAUACAGCAGCAACACCAGCAAUUCCUGGAGAAGCACAAACAACAAUUCCAGCAGCAGCAGCUGCAUCUUAACAAGAUGAUUCCUAAAGUAAAUGAAGCAUCACGGCAGCAUGAAAGUCACCCAGAAGAGACGGAAGAGGAGCUUCGAGAGCACCAGGCUUUACACGAGGAACCAUACAUUGAGCGCACGGUGGAGCAGGAACAAAAUCUUGGUUCUGUGAUUCAUGUAAAGCAGGAGAGAGAGGAAAGCGAGGAUGAAGAUAAUUCACUGGAACUGGAACAAGGCAAAAUACAAGCAGAUCAAGAUCUGCUUUUCAGACAGCAAACUUUAUUACUGGAACAGCAACGCAUACAUCAACUAAGGAACUACCAGGCCUCCAUGGAGGCCGCAGGCUUAGUGUUACCGUUCAGUGGACACAGACCUCUGUCAAGGGCUCAAUCUUCACCAGCGUCUGCCUCCUUUCCCAUGUCUGUCCAGGAGACACCCACCAAGCCCAGAUUCACCACAGGCCUUGUGUAUGAUACAUUAAUGCUGAAGCACCAGUGCAUAUGUGGCAACACCAAUAGUCACCCUGAGCAUGCUGGGAGAAUACAAAGCAUCUGGUCAAGGCUUCAAGAGACUGGCCUGCGCAGUAUGUGUGAGUGUAUACGAGGCAGAAAAGCCACACUGGAGGAAUUGCAAAGUGUACACUCAGAGGCUCAUACUCUUCUAUAUGGAACCAACCCCCUGAACAGACAGAAACUGGAAGGUUCUUUGACCUCCAUGUUCGUGCGUCUCCCAUGUGGCGGGGUUGGGGUCGACAGUGACACAAUAUGGAAUGAGGUGCACUCUUCUGGGGCUGCACGCCUUGCAGUUGGGUGUGUUACAGAACUUGCAUCCAAAGUGGUAACUGGAGAACUGAAGAAUGGAUUCGCUGUGGUACGUCCUCCUGGUCAUCACGCAGAAGAGAGCACACCAAUGGGUUUCUGUUACUUCAACUCUGUGGCAAUAGCAGCCAAGGUCCUACAACAGCGUUUCAAUGUGGGGAAAACUCUGAUUGUGGACUGGGACGUUCACCAUGGAAACGGUACCCAGCAGGCCUUUUAUUCUGACCCCAAUGUCCUGUACAUAUCGGUCCACCGCUACGAUGAUGGAAAUUUCUUCCCAGGGAGCGGAGCUCCAGAUGAGGUUGGCACGGGAGCUGGCGUGGGUUUCAAUGUAAACAUGGCUUUUACUGGUGGCUUGGACCCUCCAAUGGGAGAUGCUGAAUACUUGGCUGCGUUUAGGACUGUGGUGCUACCUAUAGCUAACGAGUUCUCCCCAGAAGUGGUUCUGGUAUCUGCUGGGUUUGAUGCUGUGGAAGGACACCCGGCUCCCCUCGGAGGUUACAGAGUAUCUGCCAAAUGCUUUGGAUAUCUCACAAAGCAACUUAUGGGGCUGGCUGGAGGUCGUAUCAUUCUGGCCUUGGAGGGAGGUCAUGAUCUUACAGCCAUAUGUGAUGCUUCUGAAGCCUGUGUCUCUGCUCUAUUGGGGAAUGAGCUUGAGCCUCUUCCCGAAUCAAUGCUUCAGCAAAGACCAAACAGCAAUGCAGUAAGCUCAAUGGAAAAAGUAAUACAAAUCCAAAGUGAAUACUGGCCUUGUUUGCAUCUUGUUUGCUCCACCGUUUCAUAUUCUGUUGUUGAGGCUCGGAAGAGUGAGACUGAGGAGGCAGAGACUGUGACUGCAAUGGCAUCGCUGUCAGUGGGAGUUAAUCAAGAGAGGACUGAUGAUGAGCCAAUGGAUGAAGAGCCCCCUCUGUAGCAAAGUUACUGGUGACUGCCCAGUGUGUAAAUCCGUACUAUUGUUGGGGGGAGGCCCCUCAGAUUUCUCCGCCUGCGCUCUGUCCCAAGGAAGAGGAGCAGCGACAUGGAUGUAAAGAACCCUGUGUACAUCACAUCCACAGAACCAGAAACCACGGCACACUGUGCCAUGCACAGCCGUACUGUGCCACCCCUAUCCAGGGGGUACUGCUCCUACAGGAGCAACUGGCAGCUCUUGCCAAACAUGUUUUACUAUUUACUUUAAUGAUUUUUAACAAAUACUUGUUCAAAGAAAAACAAGGAAAAAGUGACCUCCGGGGUCUCACAAAUAGUUUGGUGCUUUAACAUUCUGCAGAUUCACAAAGGACUCUAUGUGCGCUGGAAGGAGACACGGAGGUGACCGUGCUGUGCAGACACUUAUUUAAACCACUUGGUUUAGUCUUAGUUUUUGGAUGUUUCUUCUGAAUAAUGUGGACUCUACAGUGGAUGAAGAUAUCCUCUUAAACCUGUUAUUCGAUGAAGAACUGGUGACUGUCUUAAUCUGGAGAGGAAGAGGAGAAAGGAUUGUGCCUUGUCAAUGGUUGGAAAACAUUUUUCCGUUUGAAUGGUUUUUUUUUCUACUCACUGUUUGAGGACUUGCCUUAAAUUCCAAAUACCACAGCCAAGAGGAGUUGCGAAAAACCACAACAUGCAGAUCUGUGUCCUAUCACAGACGUAAUUCUGUGGAACUUUUGUGAUAAUCGGCAGUCGUCUCGUUGGGUUUAUUUUCCUUUUUUCUUUUUCUUUUUUCUUCUUCUUUGAAUCAAUUUGCAUGUCAUAGUUACAAUGACCAGACUGUCUCCACCACUCAUUACCUGUGCACACCAAGCAUAGACUUUUCCUACCGUCAGUGAUUUGUGGGAUCAUUUCUAAAAGUGGAGAUGUGGCCUCUCACUGCGCAGGGAGCGUGUUACUGGCCUGUGCGAUUCCUUUUCUUUUUUUUCUUUUUUUUUUUUUUAAAGGGGCUCAUUUUUUGGUUUUU